AUGACGCCCCCGGACGGCGAAGGCGUCGCAUCCACGGCGUCCAUCUCCAGCGAUGUCCACGCCCAACUCAUGCAGUACACGGCCUGCGAUGUAUCCGAUGCGUUGCUCAAGCUCCACGUUCCCGGUGCAGGCCACAUCCCCGACCUGCAUCCCUACGGAGCGCCGGCCGCCCACGAAUCCAUCGUCGUCGCCCCCGUCUCCACCAUUCUCUUCGCACCAAAAGGCGACACCCUCGCCGAGCCGCCCUCCAACAUGCCCGACGGCGUCCAUUGGGCUGAUCUGACGUGCUCCGAAACCAUCGUCAUCAUGAAGCAACCGCCCGGCCAAACCAAUGCCGUCUGUGGUGGCAUCAUGGCCCUGCGCAUGAAGGCCCGCCGCGUUGCCGCACUCAUCGUCGCCGGUCGCGUCAGGGAUCUAACCGAGCUGCGGGCCACCGGACUUGCCAUUUCCGCCUACGGCACCUCGACCGUCGGUGCCGGCGCCGCCACCGUUCCUUGGGCCCUGCAGGUCCCCCUCGACAUCAACGGCGUCAUGGUGCGGCCCGGUGAUGUCGCUCUUCACGAUCCUGUCAACGGUGUCGUCGUCAUCCCGAGGGACAAGAUUCCUCAGGUGCUCGAGCUGCUGCCGAAGCUCACGACAGCCGACGACAAGGUCAAGGAGGAUGUGCUCAAGGGUGUAUCCGUCCAUGAGGCAUUCAAGCGGCACAGAGGGGCGUGA